CCCCUCCCCCUCCCCUUCCCCUCCCUCCUCUCUCUCCCCGGCAGCCCUCUGCGAGAAGCUCCGCUCCCCCAGCACUUUCUGGGCCCUGAGAUAUGGCAAUGGUAGUUAGCAGCUGGCGAGAUCCGCAGGAAGACGUGGCCGGGGGGAACCCAGGCGGCCCCAACCCCGCAGCCCAGCCCGCCCGGGAACAGCAGCAGCAGGCGGGUUCGGCGGCCCCGCACACCCCCCAGACCCCGAGCCAGCCGGGACCUCCGUCCACCCCAGGCACGGCGGGGGACAAGGGGCAAGGCCAGCCCGGCUCGGGCCAAAGCCAGCAACACAUUGAGUGUGUGGUGUGCGGGGACAAAUCGAGCGGGAAACACUACGGCCAAUUCACCUGCGAAGGCUGCAAAAGUUUCUUCAAGAGAAGCGUCCGCAGGAACUUAACUUACACAUGCCGUGCCAACAGGAACUGUCCCAUAGACCAGCAUCACCGCAAUCAGUGCCAAUAUUGCCGCCUCAAGAAGUGUCUCAAAGUGGGCAUGAGGCGGGAAGCGGUUCAGCGAGGAAGAAUGCCUCCAACCCAACCCAACCCAGGCCAAUAUGCCCUCACCAAUGGGGAUCCCCUGAAUGGUCACUGCUAUCUGUCUGGAUACAUCUCACUGCUGCUGCGGGCCGAGCCCUACCCUACCUCCCGCUACGGCAGCCAGUGUAUGCAGCCCAACAACAUCAUGGGCAUAGAGAACAUCUGCGAGCUGGCCGCCCGCCUACUCUUCAGCGCCGUCGAGUGGGCCCGCAACAUUCCCUUCUUCCCGGACCUGCAGAUCACAGACCAGGUGGCCCUGCUGCGGCUCACGUGGAGCGAGCUGUUUGUCCUCAACGCAGCUCAGUGCUCCAUGCCCCUCCACGUGGCCCCGCUGCUGGCCGCAGCGGGCCUGCACGCCUCGCCCAUGUCAGCCGACCGGGUCGUGGCCUUCAUGGAUCACAUCCGUAUCUUCCAGGAGCAGGUGGAGAAGCUCAAGGCCCUGCACGUCGACUCUGCGGAGUACAGCUGCCUCAAAGCCAUCGUCCUCUUUACAUCAGACGCCUGUGGCCUGUCAGAUGCCGCCCAUAUCGAGAGCCUGCAGGAGAAGUCUCAAUGCGCCCUGGAGGAGUACGUGAGAAGCCAAUACCCCAACCAACCGAGCCGCUUCGGCAAACUGCUGCUGCGGCUGCCUUCUCUGCGCACUGUCUCAUCCUCAGUCAUUGAGCAGCUCUUCUUCGUUCGCUUGGUAGGUAAAACCCCCAUUGAAACUCUCAUCAGAGAUAUGUUACUGUCUGGGAGCAGCUUCAACUGGCCUUACAUGUCCAUCCAGUGUUCCUAGACCUGAGACAACACCGCCCCUGGUCCCUCAGCCCCCAGUAGAGACACAGAGGACGAGGCUUUGGCCAAGGACACCAAACGCAGACAGAAACUGUUGAACUUGUUAACGCCGGGGUGCAAAUGGUGAAAGGUGGGAAGCGAGGGAGGGGAGAGAGGUGAGGGAUCGGAGCAGAACCAACCCAGCAGAAAUAUAUAUUAAAAAAAAAAAAAGGAAAAGACUCACUUAGGAUCAGAUCUGUGAACACAUUGAAAAGGAAAUGAAAAGGACCUUGUGUCUAUGGGGGAAAAAAUGAAGAAAGGACCAUGGGGAUUUUAAUGAAACAGAAGGAGAAUAAUGGACCUUCCAGGAUUUAUUGUGGACUGAUGUGUGGAUAUAUUCUGUACAGAAAAAAAAAAAACAUCGAAGCGAACUGAAGCCUAUGUA